AAAGAAAAAGGAAUCCUACACCAAUAAGGAGUUGGAAAUUCUCUUUGAGUUCUGUUCAAACAAGGAGAUAGCAAUUUUGUUUAUUCCUUCCUAAGGCCUUACUUAAGGGUCCAAAAGCGUUGAGGAUUAUCACAAAGAGAUGGAAAUCGCAAUGGUUAAAGCAAAUGUAGAAGAGGACAGAGAAGCAACUAUGGCACGGUUUUUGCAUGGCUUAAGUCGCGAUAUAGCUAAUGUGGUUGAGCUGCAGCAUUAUGUGGAAUUAGAAGAUAUGGUGCAUAUGGUGAUGAAAGUAGAACGGCAACUCAAGCAUAGAGGAGCCACCACUAGUAUUGGGCAAAAUGCAAGUUCCUCAUCUUCUUGGAAAUUGAAUUGGAGUAAAAAGGAAGAAAAUUCUACUUUUAAGCCUAAAACUGCAGCAUCUAAGGGGCAUGUUGCAUCACAAUGUCUUAAUAAGCACACGAUGAUCUUGAAAGAAGAUGGAGAAAUUGAAACCAUAGGUGAAUCUGAUGAUGAAUCUAUGCCACCAUUAGAAGAUGCUAAUGAUGGUAUGGAAUAUGCCAUUGAUGGAGAAUUGCUCGUCACCAGGCGAGUUUUGAAUGUGCAAGCCAAAGAAGAUGAUGAAGACUUCAAGAACAUGUUUCCAAAGGACAUCCCUAAUGGUUUACUACCAAUAAGAGGAAUUGAGCAUCAGAUUGACUUCAUUCUAGUUCCAGUGCUACUUGUGCCUAAGAAGGAUGGGACUUGGCGUAUGUGCGUUGAUUGUCGCGCUAUCAACAAAAUCACUAUAAAGUAUCGUCACCCUAUUCCUAGAUUAGAUGACAUGUUAGAUGAACUGCAUAGUUCUUGCAUAUUCACUAAAAUUGAUUUAAAGAGUGGGUAUCAUCAGAUUAGGAUGAAGGAAGGUAUUGGCAUUGGCGUUGUUUUGAUGCAAGAGCGGCAGCCUAUUGUGUUUUUCAGUGAAAAAUUGACUAGUGCAGUACUUAACUAUGCUACAUAUGACAAAGAGAUGUACGCAUUGCACCUCAAGGGACAAGUAAAGUUGAAUAGACGACAUGUUAAGUGGGUGGAAUUCUUUGAGACAUUUCCCUAUGUGAUCAAGUACAAGCAAGGAAAAGAAAACAUUGUGGCUGAUGCAUUAUCUCGCAGGUUCUCCAAGAUGCCACACUUUAUUCCAUUUCAUAAAACCGAUGAUGCAACUAAUAUUGCUGAUCUGCUCAAGGAGGUUGUUCGUUUACAUGGUGUUCCAAGGACUAUUGUUUCUGAUUGCGAUGUUAAGUUCUCGAGUUACUUUUGGAAGACCUUGUGGGGAAAUUUGGAUGGGAAAAGGAAACCUCAAGUGGUUAAGCAACUACAUGAGAAGGUGCGACAAAACAUAGAGCGACGAACUGAGCAAUAUGCAAAUCAGGCCAACAAAGGGUGCAAGAAUGUUGUGUUUGAACCUGGAGAUUGGGUUUGGGUGCAUAUGCGGAAGGAGCGAUUCCCUACACAAAGGCGUUCUAAGUUGCAACCAAGAGGCAAUGGACCAUUUCAAGUGAUUGCAAGGAUAAACGACAACACAUACAAGUUGGAGCUUCCUGGUGAAUAUAAUGGUAGUAUUACUUUAAAUGUUUCUGAUCUUUCUCCUUUUGAUGUAGGUGACGAUUUGAGGACAAAUCCUUUUGAGGAGAGAGGGAAUGAUGGGAAUUAAGAUGACCCCACAUGUACCACGUCAAGAGAUCCAUUACACAUUCCAAGAGCUUCGAUUUGCUUGUUGUAUGUUGUUUUCAACCCAGAUCUGCUCAAUAAGGCCAUUUAAAGCUUCACGCAUCUUCUUAGCCCUAGCUCGCGUGACUGGACCUCCUUGGCUGUGUAACGGAUCACAUGACGUAGUAGAUAUGUUGUUGUCUUGAUUCCCAUCAAUAGUUCCAGUGUUACUUGUGCCUAAGAAGGAUGGGACUUGGUGUAUGCGCAUUGAUUAUCGCACUGU